AUGUUGAGUCGUCGUUUGUCAUACGGUGUACGGUAUCCUAGACAUUUGGCCACAUACGAAUAUUACGCCACUAAGGAAUCGAAUAAUAACUUACCACGGCUUGGCAUGGAUCAAAUUUUCAAAAUCAAAGAUGCCGUUGUCAAUUACCUUUCCCCCGUUGCGAAACGUCGUAGGACAAUGGGACCUCAAACUCCAGGUCACAGCGCAGUUGAUGACGAACAUCAAUUUCUCUCCGAACCACAAGACAAUAAAAGGGCCCUGAGCUUUGCAUAUGAUCGCAUGAACCAGCAUUAUAUGCCUCAAGAAGACAGAGCGACCCCCUCCAGGAAUCCCCUCAAACGUUCCCGCGAAGACGAUGGGGCCGAUGGACCCAUAUUUUCUGGAGAUGAGGUCUCACCAAAGCAAUCUUCUUCGCGGAAUGUCACUGAUAGCGAUGACGGAUCGAUAAAUCCAGAUUAUAUGGACGAAGAUGAAGAUGAAGAAGAGGAAGAGGAAGAGGAAGAGGAAGAGGAAGAGAUUUCUGCCGAACAAAAAGUAAAUGAAUAUCUUGCAAGACAGGCCGCGGAGUUAGCUAGGGCGAAAGAGACAGUGGAAAGAGCUCGAGCAGAUGGCGAAUGGUCUCCUGAAGAAAUCUUCUUAUUGGAAAGAAUUCAAUACAUGGGACACGAAGGACUUUUGCCGCACUGGGCGAAGGAACGGAAUUUUCGAACGGUUCCUGAGGCCAUGUUUUGUCCUGAUGAUAAUGCCCUCCUAGGCGAGAGUAGUAAAUCCAUUCAAAUGUUAGAAUUCCUCAAUCAUUACCUUGGUCGUCGUGUGCAUGAUAGAUACUAUGGUAAAAAUGGCCCACCUGAAGCGCAAAUGCGGCAAUGGAUUGGUAAAUACGUUGAGUGGACUGAAAGGGAUGGAGGUUACCAUAAGAAAAAGUUUAUUCCGGUUCUCUGUCUUGUUGAAGGUCGAUGGCAUGCACCGGCGGCGGAAACAACUAAACGCCUGCAAGAUCAAAUGAGCUUCCAUGCUGAAUCAUGGCGUCGAUCACUAUUACGCCCGUCACCAAUUGUUAAUGAAUUAGGCGAGACGGAAAUAUACUUUCGACGCCCUCCUCUCAUUUAUGGAAUUCUUUACAUACAGGCGAAAGCAUUAUUCGUUACGCUGGACUCUUCGGACCCACAAGCAAAAAUUAGAGACAUUCACAUUUGUGAUUUCUUAGACUCGAGCAAACAUUUUUGGCAUGCUAUAUCUAUUGCUAUUGUAGCUAAGAUUGCCCAGAGGUAUAUGAUGUCGAUAAUUGACACUUUGGAAGACGAUGACCCUCCUGAACCCGAUUCGUGCAGCGAGAAUGAAUUAGAAUCCAAACGUGAACGGGAAAAGAGAUUGCAGAGGGAGGCAAGGAAGUUGGAGAAGGAGAAAGAGCGACAGCGUCAAGAGGAGUUAUUAAGGCUUGAGCAGCAAAUGGAGGGUGUUAAGAUGGAAGAAGAUGAUGACCAUGUUAUGGAGUCUAUUGAGGAGUAUGAAAAAGUCGACGUAAUUGAAGGGGAAGAGGAAGAGCAAGAAGAAUUUGAAGAUGAUCGACCAUCAAUGUCGGAAUAUGAUGAGGAGGAAGAAGUCGAGGUUGAGGUUGAAGAGGGCGAAGAUGACCGGAGUGCUGAUGGAGAAUUAGAGAGUAACGAGGAAAUCGAGGAUGCAGAAGAAGACGGUGAAGAUGAAGAUGAGGAAGAGAACGAAAGCAACCUCAGCAAUGAUAACGAGGGCGGAAGUGAGGACGGAGAUGUUGAAUUCGGCCAUCAUCAUGGAACUAGACAACCCCCCAAGUCAACAAGCCCUGACGAAUUAUCGCAUCUCUAA